AUGAAUCAAGAAAUCUACGAAGAACUGCUCUUCGCAAGAACUUUGAUGACCGACACUAAAGAGUUUCUUGCCAGAGUUAAACUAAUGAAGCAAAAUAUUGGACGGGGCGAAUUGUCUCAGUUCCCCAAUUUGUCACAGACAAGCUGCCAGGAAGACGACGUUUCAACUUACGUUCAACAUUUAAAUGCCCUCUAUUCAGAUUUUGAAUCUAGGUUUGAGGAUAUUUUGACUAUGGUAAUACCACCGUGGAUAAUUAAUCCAUAUGGUGACAUAGAAGAAACGAAUGUCAUAAUACAAGAGGAACUGACUGAACUAAGUACAAACGAAGAACUUAAGGUUCAGUUUAAAAACGGAUAUCAGCAAUUCUGGCUGCAAAACAACAUACCCGUUACUUAUCCCGAUAAAACGGUUAGGCAUGUAUCAAUUAAGUCAUGUCCUAUACAGAGCUGGAACAUGGAUAUCAGGGUUUGCGUAAAGCAACCAGAACAACGCAAUUUUACGUAG